AUGGCUGAAGAAGAACACACCUUUGAAACCACCGAUGCCGGUGCCUCUUUAACUUUCCCAAUGCAAUGUUCUGCAUUAAGAAAGAACGGUCACGUUGUCAUCAAGAGCAGACCAUGUAAGAUUGUCGAUAUGUCUACCUCCAAGACUGGUAAGCACGGUCACGCCAAGGUCCAUUUAGUUGCCAUUGAUAUCUUCACUGGUAAGAAAUUAGAAGAUUUAUCUCCAUCCACCCACAAUAUGGAAGUCCCAAAUGUCCAAAGACAAGAAUACCAAUUAUUAGACAUUGAUGAUGGUUUCUUAUCUUUAAUGACCCAAGAUGGUGACACCAAGGAUGAUGUUAAGAUCCCAGAAGGUGAAUUGGGUGACAAGAUCCAAUCUGAAUUCGACGACGGUAAGGAUUUAUUAGUUACUAUCAUCUCUGCUAUGGGUGAAGAAGCUGCUAUCUCUUUCAAGGAUGCUCCAAAAUAA